CUAAACAAUUUUUACAACAUCUAAUUAAUAGUUUUCCGCUUUCAUCAUGAAAAUUUUUCGUUCAUUACAACAAAUAACCGUCACUUUUCAAAUUUGAAAUUUGAACAAAACUUGAAGCGUCGCUUUACGUAGAAAAUUUGCUGCUGCACGAGGGGAGAGAUUAAAAUUUACAAUUUCAUAAUUUUUCCUUUAAACUCGUUCUUUUACGAAUUCUGGAUUAUUCCAUUCGAUUUUUAAUUUAGUAUCAAACUUAAGGUAAUGGUUCGUUCGUUGCAUAAAUUGUUUGUUUCAAAUUUACCUUGGACAGUUUCAACACCGCAUCUUAAAACUUACGUCCAACAAUUUGGACGUGUUGUCGGUGCUAAUGUUUCAUUCGAUAGAAAGACUGGAAUAUCGCAAAGGGAAACAACAUUUACUUCAAGAAAUCAGAACCAAAUGUCUAAUAAAGUAGAAGAUAAGUUUAAUUUAGCUGCUAAUUACAUUCAAUCACAUCACAAUAAUUUCAACAAGAAUGAUCUGCUUCAAUUCUAUGCAUUUUAUAAACAAUCAACUGUUGGUGAACUGGAUAUAAAUCAACAACCUCGACCAUCGUUCUUUAAGUUGCAAGAACGAGCAAAAUAUGAUGCUUGGAGUAAUCUUGGCUCAAUGGAUAAAGAGAAAGCAAUGGAAUCUUAUAUUGAUUUAUUAACAAAACUUGUCCCAACAUGGAUUGAAAGUGAACAAAAAGAAAAUAGAAAUUCGGCUGGAACUUUUGGAGUUUCUAUUUCAAGACCAAAGUUUGAAGAUAAAAUUGAUGAAGAAAUCAAAUCAAUAAAAGAUUUCAUUAGAGAUGGCAAUGUCGAAAAAUUGAAAACACUCCUCAAAGAUGUCAAUCAAAGUGAACUUAACGCCAUUGACGAGAAUGGCCUCGGCUUAAUUCACUGGGCAAGUGACAUUGGAAAUGAGGAAAUCCUUUCAAUUAUCUUGAACACAAAAGGUAUUGAUGUAAACUUGAAAGAUGGCGAGGGACAAACUGCGUUGUUUUAUGCUUCUAGUUGCGGUCAUAAAAAUUGUGUCCAACUUUUGCUUAAACAUGAAGCUGACAAAAGUAUCGUUGACAACGAGGAAAGUUCUUGUCUCGAUGUUGCUUAUGACGAUGAAAUUCGAAUGAUUCUAAAGUAAAUUUUGUGAUGUGAAUGAUAAAUUUGGCAUUUUUAUUAAUAAAAUUAGCAGUUUAGUGAAUUAAAAUAACUUGCUUUCUUUUUCUUUUCCUUAUAAUUAUUAUAAAUUGUCGUGAUAAUAAAACGAAUUUUGAUCUUUGGUUUGCCUCAGGAACUUUUUACAGAAAUUUUUUGCUACUCAGUUACACGAUGGAAUCAAAUCGUAGGAGUAACCAGGCCUUUCUUUGAAUGUGUAAUAAACAAUUCUCAUGUAAUAGCUUCCAGGAAUAAACAUCAAAAACCCAAGGAUUAUUAACGGAAUGAGUCUAUCAGCGUAUCUGUGAAGAAAAGAAGUAUCAAA